AUGUCUAGCCCUAUCGCCAUCCCCCGCUCUCGCGCGUCCCCCGCCUCGUCAUCGCGCAGCCCCUCGGGCUCCCCGACAGGCGUGUACGUGCCCGUCCACAAGCGCAGGGCGGUCGACCCGCACGUCAGCAUCGCUGCGCACGCAGGAAGCGCGGUCAGCGCAGCCAUGAACAACGGCCGCCUGAUCCGCACGCAGUCUUCCUUCGUGUACGACAUCGCGCAACUGCGCGCCCUCGCGGCGUCCCCGCUCAUCGGUGUCUCCCCCGCGCAACAAUCACAGCUCGAAGAGCUGCGCGCGUUCGUCGCGCCUGGACCACGCCCCGCGAACCCGAACCCGAACCUGACCCCGAGUACAGGCGAGAAGGCGGUGCGCAGGCGCCGCGCGGGCCGCCGCGCGAGCAACGCGAAGAAGCUGCAGGCGGAGGUGCACGUCGACGUCGAGAGCAGGCGGAGGCGCCAUGGGCACGGCGCGUGGGGGUGGGCGGCGCACUCUGGUGCGGAGCCUGCGCUCGAGGAGAGCUGGAGGCAUGCGCCGGAGCCGAUGGCGCUCGUUGGGGUGCGGGUGUGA